UAUGGCAGAAGCGGUCGGUCUUGCGCGGUAACUAAAGCAACAUUUCAACUAACACACUGUCAUAUUCAACACUAAUCAGCACAAGACCGCAGCGAUGAGGGAGAGACAGAAGAAAAAGAAGGGGAGGACAUGGGCAGAAGCUGCUAAAACGGUAUUAGAAAAGUACCCCAACACACCUAUGAGCCACAAAGAGAUCCUACAGGUGAUCCAGAGGGAGAGACUGAAAGAGAUUAGAAGUGGUACUUCCCCGCUGGCCUGUCUCAAUGCUAUGCUCCACACCAACUCUCGCGGUGAAGAAGGGAUCUUCUACAAAGUACCUGGACGAAUGGGGGUCUACACACUGAAGAAGGACAUUGGGGACGUGGUGAAGGAGCUGUCUGAGGAGGGAUCCGAGGAGGACGAUAGUGAUAAUUUGUCUGAUUCCCAGAGCACAGAGAACAACAAUUACACUAACAACCAGGAGGGCAUGAGGGGACAGUGGAGGAGGAGAGUGCCCUCCACGCUGCCAUCUGAUCCGUCGUCUCCUCAGCCACGUUGUUCAUCUCCCUCUGUCCCCAGUAGCAAGCUCAUCUCUCCCUCACAGAAACACAGCAAGAAGGCUCUCAAACAGGCCCUGAAGCAGCAGAGGAACCAGCGGAGACAGGGGGGCAUGCCCACCACCUCCAGCCCAAGGCUGCUCAUCAAGAACGUGAAGGACAUGGCUGACACCAUUGUCACUAAGACCGACUCCUGUCCUGCUUCUGGUACCAGGAAGAUGUCUCAGAGGUCCAGUCGACUCAGUGCACGGCAACUGAAGCGUACCAAGUGUGCAGAGAUAGAUGUUGAGACACCAGACUCUAUCCUGGUUAACACCAACCUGCGUGCCCUGAUCAACAAACACACCUUCUCUGUCCUGCCCACAGAGUGCCAACAGAAGCUACUCACACUACUGCCUGAGGUCGACCAACAGGCUUGUAUGGAUGGUCUGUUAAAGGUCACCAGUUCUGCCUUGAACAAUGAGUUUUUCACAUCAGCAGCUCAGUCCUGGAAGGAACGACUGGCAGAAGGUGAGUUCACUCCUGAGUUGCAGCUGAGAAUGCGUCAGGAGAUUGAGAAGGAGAAGAAGGUGGAGUAUUGGAAGGAAAGUUUCUUUGAGAGCUACUAUGGUGAAAACUCUGGACUCAGCUUAGAGGAAUCCAAAGAGCUGCUUGAGUCUGGUCUCAGUCUGGAGCUCUCAGCCACCAAACCCCAGUUGUCUCCUCCAACACAGCCAAGUCCUGCUGGCCAAGCACUGCAAGAUCCCAAGGUCCCAGAGAACAGCUGCCAUACUCGUUCUUCAGAGAGGAGGCUCCGAUCAUCAUCACUGCCUAUAAACCAUACAUGUAAACCCAUAGAAACUCCAUCUAAACCCAUAGAACCUCCAUCUAAACCCAUAGAACCUCCAUCUAAACCCAUAGAACCUCCAUCUAAACCCAUAGAGCCUUCCAAGCCAAGACCGGAACCAGAGCCUAUUCACGAUGAACCAGUACCAGUCCCACCCAUUGUCCCACCAGUUAUAUUACCGAAAAAUAUACAGAAGACACUGGAGGUUGAGUACCCCAGACACAGGACUCGUAGCAGAGGUUUAUCCCUGCCUAUAAUGGCAGUGGAGGCACCUGUUGUGAAGAGACAGGAUGUGGUGGACUCAACCUCAAUGGUUACUCCACUUGGGGAGAAGCAGAUGGAGGAAGAGGAACAGGAGCUGAAAGAAGCUCAGCCGGAGACCCCCCAGUCCCCUGAGAUACCUCAGUCCCCUGCCCUGGAGAGUCCUCCAGAGGUCUGCUCCCAGAAGAUGCUCAGAUCAUCACUGCCGACCGACCUUUCAAAGCCAGAGCCUCUGGGCUUGGACGAGCACAGUGGGGAGAGGAGGGAAGAUGUUGCACCAGAGAGAGGCGCCUCAGUCUCAGUGUCAGUCACCCCCGUAUCCACUCCUCUAUGCACCCCCGUAUCCAUCCCCGUAUCCACUCCUCUAUGCACCCCCGUAUCCACCCCCGUAUCCACUCCUCUAUGCACCCCCGUAUCCACCCCUCUAUCUACUCCUGUAUCCACCCCUGUAUCUACCCCCAUAUCCACCACCCCAUCCCCAGAGCCGUUGAAAAGGAAGUCCUUGUCCAGUGAACAGGAAGUAGAGCUGACUUCAGAGAAGAGGGCCCGCAUCACUCCACCGACAGUAUCUGUGGUAACCUCUCCAGCAGCCACCAUAACAACAGCGCAGAGAGUGCCCCCGCUUAAGAUUCCUGUGUCACGAAUCCUAUCAGUCCCUGCAUCUCCAACCCAGGUGUCCCCCAGGACCCCUCUCCCUGUCCCGCUCAGCCCUGGCCCCAGCCCCGGACGCACUGGUGCUCGCACUCUGGCUGACAUCAAGGCUAAAGCCCAGCUAGCCCGGGCCCAGCGUGCAGCAGCAGCUGCUGCAGCCAGUUCCUCCUCUAAAGGUGCAGUACCAGGCCCAGGACCAGGAGGAGGCAUUGUAGAGCAUAGAGCUUCAGCCCAGACCCUCCACUCUAGCCCCCCCUGCUCCACCCAGUCUCAGUCAACAACCAGGCUGCCAGUAAGUAGCAUCACUGGUCAAUCUACCUGUCAAUCACCUGAUGCAGUCACCACACCAGCCCACUCCAGUUCGGUCCAAUCAUCAGGCUCCUCUGUGCCCUUUGACCUUAGCCUGUCUCAAAGAAGCUCCAACACCGGUAGAGCGUCUCUCACUGAUGACCAACAGAGAGGCUCCGCCGAUGGUAUGAUGAACCCAGGUUCUCUGAUGGGACCUCAACAUGGGAACAUUCAACAUACGUCAUACCCACCAGGUCCCCAGUCAAUCUCUAGCUACACUUCAUCUGUGUGUGAUGUGAAGAGCCAGUAUGUAUCUGGAAGCUCCAUGGCAGCCAGGGCUAGCCACUUUAUCGCAGCCAACAACCCUCUGGUCACAUCUCUCCUCCAGGGGAAAGAGGUCCCUCUGGAACAGAUCCUCCCCAAGCCUCUGGCCAAGGCCGAUGUCCAGAUGUCCCAGGCCAAACCCUCCCAUGAUGACAAAGGGACGAUAACGUCCCACAGCACUGCUGGAACAGCCAGUGGUGAGAAUAAGAGCCAAUACCUACACGCUGGUGGUGUGGAGGACUACAGUAGAUCUGAACAGCAAGGAUCCAUAGGCCAGUCCACUUCUACCAUACCUGGAACAAGAGCAGAUAUGUUGGCAGAGCUCCAGCGUCAUCAAAGGGAAACACCUAACAAAGACAUCCAGGAACAGAUCCUCAGGGCUCUGAUGCACAGGGCCACCCACCAGCACCAGAACCAGCCAUUUGGGAUCUCAGGUGGGGCUCAGCCUCCCCAGUUCGGAGCUUGUAAUCUGGGGCACCAGGAGUGUGGGGACCGUCCCCGGUUCUCCGCGGGGUUCCCUGGACGGAAGAGGAUGUCCAGGCCUGCCAUGUCAGGGCACUACCUCCUCAAUGUCUCCACGUACGGACGAGGCUCAGAGAGCAGUAAACGCUUCCACCCAUUGACCACCGUUAACACCUCACUGACCCCACUGGCCAAUCUGAAGAGAGAGCACAUCGGGGUGGAGAGGCUGGCUAACGAAGGGGAGGAGUCAGUGGAGAAUAAGUCUCAUUCUCAUUCUAACCCUGCUGGAGUCAAGAUGGAAGAGCAGGGCUUCUCAGUCACAAAAAUGGAUAAAGCUCUAGGCUUUCAACACUGCUCCAGAAUAAUGUCUGAGUCUCCAUCAGUGGGGGGCUGUAUACCGGAGCAGGAGGACAACAGUUCAGCCGGUACAGAUAGAGACAGUGGCACUUCUGCAAGAGCCAAAGAAACCAAACCUUUCACCCAAUCACAAUCACAGCACAGGAGGCACCCAGAACUCUGCAAUACUAAACAGGGUGGUCAUUCCGAGCCAUAUCGUUUAUCUGUAUCUCCCCACGUGGGGACCAUGGACCCCACUCACCCCAGUACUCACCAGCGUCCGUCUGCCUUUCAAACCCAGAGACCUCCAAUCGAUAAUCAGGAAUCCAUUGUGGGUUCCUGCUACGGUGGCACCAUCAGCAUGUCUGUACCUCACGCUCUGAAUCACAAUGCUGCUGCUUCAGGCACCGCUUCUAGCGCCUCCCCCUCUGUGUCAGGUAGUGGUGGGGACAGCGGCAGUGGCACCGGCAGUGUCAUGUCUUUCUCAGUGACCGUCACCACCAUACCUGCCGGUCACCCGUUGGACCACAGCAGCCAGGGGGAGGGGUCUCCAGAGCAGGGGUUUAUGGAGGGAUCUGGUAUAGAGGACGUUCAGUCUAAAUGCUACUGCCGACUCAAGGCUAUGAUCAUGUGUAAAGGGUGUGGGGCCUUCUGCCAUGACGAUUGCAUUGGCCCUUCAAACCUCUGUGUCUCGUGUCUAGUGGUACGAUAAAACUAAUAAUAAUGUAAUAAUGUAGUGCUGAGCGAAUAACUAUUAUUUUUCGGCGGUUCAAUUAUUUGAAUUGCAUUUCUGUUAGCUCUAUGCCGUUUCUGUAGAGUUACAUCAGAUCAAGCCUGAAACUGUGUGAUGUAGUAGGGAGUUGUAGUUCCUAACAGGACAAUGUUCUACAUAGUUUAGCGCAGAAAACGUGCUAAUAACUACGUACGGUCUGUGUGGAGCAAGACACGGGGAGGAGAGAGAGCGCGCGAUCGAGAGAGAUCGAAGGCAGUUGCUUCGCGAGCAUGAAAAUACAUGAUCUAAGUGUUUGAUAGUUGGUAUUUAGCGAUCAUUAAAGUAUGCCUUAUUUACUUUGAAGAACUACUAAAUAGUGAUUUUUGUUGUACAGCAUAGGCAGCAGCUCUAUAUGAGAUGAUGACUCGGAAUGAAGUAAAAAAAAAAGUCAUCAAAUAAAACUAAUAUUUUAUUAAAGUAAUGUGAAUAAGUGAUGGUUAAUAAGUGAUACGCAACCAUGGCCAGUCAUUACCAUCAUGUGACUUUUAUUAAUUGUUUUAUUCUGUUACAGCAUUCAACCCACAUAAUGUGUAGUGCAUUUAAUGUUUAAAAAGGUCAUCAAAAUUGAAUUUUUUUAAAUUUAUAAUCGAACCAAAACCAAACCGACUUCAAAAAGCACUAAUCGCUCAGCACUACAUAAAUGUAGAAAUGGUCUGUUUCAAUUCUUUAUUAUUGCACCAAGGAACAAAUCAGCAUCAAGUCAUCUAGCAUCAUCAACAAGUAGCGGUUACGAGCAAGGUCAGUUCCAUUUCAAUUCUGGAAGUAAACUGAUUCAAAUGUUUCUAUUUCAAUUCCGAUUCUAAUUUGAAAAGAAAGACGAAUUGGAAUGUCAGUGUAUUUCCUGAAUUGAAGUGGAAUUGACCGUAACCAUGGUUACCAGGGUAAAAUGCACAGUGGCCAUACUCAACCCAGCACAUGGUUUUCAGUGGGGUGGCAAGUCAUUUAUACUGGACGACACAAGAGGUUGGUGGCACCUUAAUUGGGGAGGACAUGCUUAGCGAAACUAAGUGGAAUGGUAUCAAAUACAUCCAUUUGCUCUGUUUCGGCCAUUAUUAUGAGCUGUCCUCUCCUCCGCAACCUCCACUUUCAUCUAUUCCAUCUGAAAAAUAGUUUGUUUUGUACAAUUCACCGAUCAGUUCAAAUCAAAUCUUAACCUUUUAGACUUGAGACAAAAGUUGAAUCUUGGCAAUAUUUUGCACUUGGACAUGUUAUUGUGCUAUAUUUUUGUAAAGAUAGUUUAGAUUUUAAAAAAGGAAGAAAAAAAUGAAUGUUGCUAUUUUUGUAGAAUGUAAUAACAAUGUUAUGUUAAAGACUGCCACUCAUUCAGUAGUUUAAGUUAUGAUGUUUUAAAAGGUGAAGAAGGGAGUUACAUUCAUAUUCAUCGACCCCUUGGGGUUUGUGUGUAGGUGGGGGAGUACAAAUACUGAUUUAUAUAGAUUUUAAAGGUCGCAAUCAAUCAUUUAUAUAUAUAUACAGUACUAAAAACAAAGUUACAGAUGUGUUAAAAGAUAAUAAUAGAUAUUUCAAAUUAUUUAGAUUAUAAAACAUUAUUUCACAUAACGAUUGCACUUAGCGUUUCUACUAACAGGGGUGACUGACACUGAGACUGUAUAGUACAUGUAGUGUACAGCGUUUGUACUCUAACAUGGUGAUGAAAAGUAAAAGCACUUCACAAAUAAAUGGAUAAAUAGUGCCGUUCAAGGAGCAAGCUGAGUAUAGUCAGAUUCCAGAUCUGUUUGUGUUGUUUUAUGGCAAUGACCAAAGGAGUUAGCAAUACACCACAAACAGAUCUGGAACCAGGCUACAAACUGAGGUCUUUGUCAUUUCAGAUCAUCGUGCGAAGUUUACCGACUCCAUGACGCAUUUGUUUUCAUAUAUGUUUGUUUGUGUAUAGCAGAGUAACUAUUAGCAGUGAUGUACAUUUAAAACACUCAGAGAAAGAAAGGAGGAAAAUGAAGAUUUCAGUUCUUGUAUUAUUCUUUUGCUUUGUAAAUAUUGGCUUUCGUUGAGCUCGAUUUAGAAAUUAAUUUAGCUUUAUGUUCCUUGCUUAAGCAUAUCCAACAUUUAUUGUUUUUAUUGCAAAAGAGUUUAUAUCUCUAAAGGAAAUGUGUAUUUUAACGCUAAAUGCUGUGCUAUCAUGAAACCAUUCAAAGUUGUAUAGGCUCCAGGUACAGUAUUCAGGUUGAUAGACGGUAGAGAUACAAUUUACUAGCUACAUAUAAAACAAAGGAACAUCGUAUGGGUAUGCAUGGUGAUUGCAAUUAUAAAAUCAAAAUGUAUCAAUCAUAUUUUUGAAAUGAUCUGACUUAAACUGAAGAUAGUUGCUGUGUAACGGUGUAUUUUAUAGUAAUCAUUUCCAUGGUAAGACGCCAAAGUCACCUUAUGAAAACGAAAUGAUCAGAUCUCGUUUUUAAAGGACUAGUUAAACAAAGUAAUAUAUUUUAAUAUAAAAAAAUCUAUUUACAAAUUUUUAAAAACAACAGGGUAUUUACUAGAAUGAUACACAUUACACCGGACAGUUUUUUAGGUACACCCAUCUAGUACCGGGUCAGACCUCCCCUUUGCCUCCAGAACAGCCUGAAUUGUUCAGGGCAUGGAUUCUACAAGUCGGAAACGUUUCACUGG